AUGGAGGCGAUCGGCGAAAGCGCGCGCGUGCGAAUGAGUUACAACGACUUCAUCCUGCUGCUGUCCGUGUGCUACUCGAUCGGAGACAUCUUACUACAGUGGAACGAUUUUUCCAAAUGUCACAAACCAAUUCACGUAUGGCUAGUGGUCUCCUUCAUAACUAUAGUGCUCUACCGAUUGUCUCAUUUCCUGGCACAGUAUUUAAGCAACGAUGGAGAUGACCUUAUCAUAUAUAGACGAAACACUCCCCCGUACUACAUCAACCUGUUAGUCCUGUGCGUCUUGUUCCCAUUCUUUCUCGUAUGGAAUGUAGUGGGCACAGUGUGGAUAUAUCAAAUCAUUAAAUAUACGCCGAAAUGCCUGCCAAGAAACAACCAUCCAUGGUUCAUUGUACUGUGGAUUGCCCUUUGCUAUGUGUGGAUCCUGCUAUACUUAUUUUUCAUUUUGCUGUCCCUAUAUUUGGAGUACCAGGCAAGAAUCUACGAGAGAACACUCAUCAGCAUGCAGAACAAUGACAUAUUCAGCAGGUGGAGUGGCAACAUCGACAUGAUGAGAGAUUAUGGAAUAUUCAUUUAUCGACAGGGGCUAAGACUGAAGCAAAUUGAGAACCUACCAUAUCAUUAUAUUAAGAAUGUUCAGAGCGAGUCCAAGUGCUCCAUCUGCCUGAACGACUUCCAGGUGGGAGAAUGCGUGCGGACGUUGCUUCUCUGCAGCCAUACCUUUCACAAAUCCUGCAUCGACUUGUGGCUUGUUAGGAGCGCCACUUGUCCCAACUGCAAAUCGCCAAUCGCGUCACAAGGCGUCUUUGUUAAUGUGUAG